AUGGCGAAAUUAAACCAAGCUGCCAAUGCUGUUGGUCUACUUUAUGGACUUACAGCUACUACGCAGGUUCAAGCCGCCUCAUUUGAUCCCUUGACACACGUCGACCUUCUCAUUGGCAGCAGCAAUGGCGGCAAUGUAUUCCCAGGAGCUACUCUUCCUUUUGGCAUGGCCAAGGCUGUAGCCGAUACCAAUAGCGGCAGCAACCAAGGCGGAUUUACUCUAGAUGGCUCGUCUGUCACCGGUUUCAGCGUCAUGCACGACUCUGGCACUGGAGGCUCGCCAUCGCUUGGUAAUUUCCCACUAUUUCCGUAUACUUCUUGCCCAGGCGGCGAAGUAGACGGUUGUUCUUUUCCCAAGAAUGACCGUGUCAAGUUCGGCAGCUUCUCUAAUGAGAGUGUUGUCGCGAAGCCGGGAUACUUUGGGAUAACCCUCAACAGCGGGCCCAAGGUUGAGAUGACAACAUCUCAGCAUGCGGCACUAUUCAAGUUCACGUUCCCCAAUGCAGGCCCUGACGAUAAGCCGCUUAUCCUGCAAGACUUGACGGAUCUUUCAAAUUCGAGACAAGACAAUGGCACUGUGAGUGUGGACGGAAAGACUGGCCGCAUCACCGGCAAUGCCGUUUUCGUUCCCAGCUUCGGCACUGGCUUCUAUAAGUUGUACUUCUGCACAGAUUUCUCAGGUGCUGAAAUUUAUGACAAUGGCAUCUUUGUGAACUCACGCGCCAGUUCUGACGUCAAAGAUCUUACCAUCUCGCGCUCUAUCAACGGCUACCCGUUGCCAGGCGGUGCCUUUGUCCGCUUCGCCAGUGCUCAAGAGCCCAUUUAUGCUCGUACUGGUGUUAGCUUCAUCAGCAGUGCACAAGCAUGCUCCAAUGCGGAGAAAGAAAUUACCAAAUGGGAUCUCGACAAAUAUGCCAAUGAGGCCGCCAAUAUCUGGCGGCAGAAGCUUUCUCCUAUUACCAUCAAGGCUGGUAAUGGUGUGAGUGAGGACUAUAUCAAGUCAUUUUACUCGGGUAUCUAUCGCACACUCGUCAAUCCUCAGAAUUAUACUGGAGAGAACCCUCUCUGGAACGACGGCGAGCCGUACUACGACUCAUUUUACUGUAUUUGGGAUUUGUUCCGAUCUCAGAUGCCCUUUAUGACUAUUCUGGAUCCUGCGGCUCUUACGGAACAAAUCCGUUCGCUGAUAUCUAUCUAUGAAAACUUGGGAUGGCUGCCUGAUUGCCGUAUGAGUCUCUGUCCGGGAUACACCCAGGGUGGCUCAAACGCAGACAACGUCUUGGCAGACGCCUAUCUCAAGGGUCUCAAAGAUGGAAUCGAUUGGGAAAAGGGUUAUGAGGCUGUUGUCAAAGAUGCAGAAGUUGAGCCUUAUGCCUGGUCCACGAACGGUAGGGGAGGCAUCGACUCGUGGAAAAAGCUCAACUACGUUCCCGUACAAGACUUUGACUACAAGGGUUUUGGAACCAUGACGCGCACCAUCAGUCGCACUCUUGAGUAUAGCUACAACGACUUUUGCAUCUCCCAGAUUGCUGCAGGGUUGGGUAAAAAGGGAGACCAAGAGAAAUACAUCGAAUCCAGCGGCUAUUGGCAAAAUUUGUUCAAAGCUGACCAGACCUCAUUCUUCUCAAACGGGACCGACACUGGAUUUACGGGCUUCUUCCAAGCCAAGUUCUUGAACGAGACCUGGUUCACGCAAGAUCCAUUGAUGUGCAGCAACUUGGAUUCUAGGAGCGUAUGCUCGCUUCAAAACUCUGGGGCUGAGACAUUCGAGAGCAGCACUUGGGAAUACGGCUUCUUCGUUCCACACGAUCAAGCCAGCCUGCUUAACCUUUAUGGCGGCUCUGACGCUUUUGUCAGCCGUCUAGAUUAUAUGCACGACCAAGAGAUUACAUAUAUCGGCAACGAACCCAGUUUCCUCACUGUCUUCCAAUACCAUUAUGCUGGCCGACCAGCCUUGUCCGCUGAACGCAGCCACUUCUACAUCCCCAAGUUCUUUGCUCCUACACCAGAUGGGCUGCCAGGUAACGACGACAGCGGCGCUAUGGGCAGCUUCGUUGCCUUCUCCAUGAUGGGCCUAUUCCCCAACCCCGGUCAGGAUGUCUAUCUCAUCAUUCCACCCUACUUUGAGAGCGUUAGCAUCAAGAGUCCGAUUACAGGGAAGACUGCGACUAUUCGCAAUGUCAACUUUGAUUCCACUUACAAGAAUGUGUAUAUUCAAAAGGCUACUUUGAAUGGCAAACCUUACACGAAGAAUUGGAUCGACCACAGCUUCUUCCUUGAAGGAAAGGAGCUUGUACUCACUCUAGGCAGCAAGGAAAGUUCAUGGGGUACUAGGGUGGAGGAUCUUCCGCCGAGUUUGAGCCCUUACAACAGUAGCAACGUUGCUCACACUUCUGCGCCGGCCAAACGAUCUUAUCGACCGCGCUUUGACAGUGGAGGGAUGAUGUUUUAUUGA